ACAAUGACAUGCGUAGAUCCAAGCAUAUUUAUGUGUGGGAAUGGCCCUGUCCUAAAUCCAGACUUGAAAUUUAAUGUUUACACAGCUAUUUUGCAAAAAAGAGGAUUUGUUGGCUAUUUGUAAAAACAAUUUUAAAAACAACAUAUCCUUUUCCUUACAUUUUACGAUCACGCCCUGCUUCCAGUUGAUCUACACAUAACCUACGGAGGAUAACAAAUAAACUUCAUGACUUUAUUUCAACUACAGUCACUUAUAAUUUCCAACAGUCCUUGAAUGAUCCCCCUGUUUUAGCUGUAAUAUUUACUUUCGGCUGCUGAUUGGGUGCUUGUCCGUGACCUCACUUCCUGCAUUCACGCAGCCAGUUCAGUCCAGUUCACCCGUUGCUGUAGUAAAGAUCCUGAGUCUGUCUCAGAGAGCUGUCAACACACGGCGCGGCUACCUUCCUCCACUCCGGCUGGAUCUGUGUGGCUGUGGAAACAUUCCUCUAUUAAACUCGGACCGCUUCACGUUUCAGCGACGGUUCCGUUCAGAUAACAGACACCCUCGCCUCACCAUGACACGAAGGUGAUCUUCAGAGUUUCCAGGUGGUUCUGGGGUUCCAGGUUGGUGUUGUGAGAGAGCCAGCUACCCGUGGGGAGGUGGACCGCCUGGGGGCAUUGUGUCCCUUGUUCUCAAGUGACUAAGGAAGGGGCUUGGCAAACUGUUCUGCAACAUGGAGAAGGGUGAGCUGAAGAUCCUCAACAAGGGGGAAGAAGAAGAGAUGGAGCUGCAAGGCUACCGUCUCUGCCGUUGGCGGCUGGCCCUUGUAGGCUUCGGGGUACUGUGUACAGGGGGCUUCCUCCUCCUGCUGCUCUACUGGAUGCCAGAAUGGUGCGUCAAGUCCACCUGCACCCGUACCACCGCCCGAGAUGCCAAUGUGGUGUUGCUCCGCUCCACGGAUGAGUUCCGACGCUGGUUCCUGGCCAGGGUACGAGUGAUGCUUGCUCCGGGGAGCAACCCCUUCCACAGCCUGGAGACCCAGACCACCUCCCCUCCCUCCUGCCCCUUCUCCAGCCCCUCCACUCCAUCUCUGGCCAACGGACACACUCCUCACCCCUCCGUUGGCAGCCCUGCUCAGGAGCUCAUUAGCAGAUUUUCUGACUACCAGCCCACACAGAUUCGCUAUUUUACCUUCCACAGCACAAAGUAUUACUGGGAUGAUGGGAUGCAGAACUUUAAACUUUUAAAUGGCCUGGAGGAUCUGGAGGUCAGCUGCUCUACCGUCCACUCAGAGCACAGCGCAGGCCUGACCACGAACCAGCAGGAGUACAGGAGACUGUUCUUCGGAGUGAAUGAAAUCACAGUGAAAGUGCCUUCUGUUUUCAAGCUGCUUAUCAAAGAGGUCCUCAACCCUUUUUACAUCUUCCAGCUCUUCAGCGUAAUCCUGUGGAGUACCGAUGAGUAUUACUACUAUGCUGCGGCUAUUGUUUUCAUGUCGGUUAUAUCCAUAGCUACCUCUCUGUACACCAUCAAAAAGCAAUACAUCAUGCUUCAUGAUAUGGUGGCAGCUCAUAGUAUCGUCCGUGUGUCUGUAUGCCGAGCCAAUAAUGAUGUUGAGGAGAUAUUAUCAACUGAUCUGGUACCAGGUGAUGUGGUGGUUAUUCCAAGCAAUGGGACCAUCAUGCCGUGUGACGCGGUGUUGGUCAGCGGCACCUGCAUCGUUAAUGAAAGCAUGCUCACAGGUGAGAGUGUUCCUGUGACAAAGACCAACCUCCCUAACCCGUUACCAGGAGACCGGCAGGGGGCGGACAGUGCCUAUAACACUGAGGAGCAUAAGAGACACACCCUCUUCUGUGGCACCGACGUCAUCCAAACCCGCUUCUACACUGGAGAACUGGUCAAAGCUGUGGUGGUCCGCACAGGUUUCAGCACAGCCAAAGGCCAACUGGUGCGCUCCAUCCUUUAUCCAAAACCUACCGACUUCAAGCUGUAUCGUGACGCCUACCUCUUUCUGCUGUGUCUUGUGGCUGUGGCUGGAAUCGGUUUUAUUUACUCCCUCGUCCUCAGUAUCAUGCACAAGAAUCCGGCGAAAACCAUCAUCAUCGAAUCUCUGGAUAUUAUAACCAUCACGGUGCCACCAGCGCUGCCAGCAGCAAUGACUGCUGGGAUUGUGUAUGCCCAACGGCGUCUUAAACAACUCGGCAUUUUCUGUAUCAGCCCGCAGAGGAUCAACAUCUGUGGGCAGAUCAAUCUGGUCUGCUUUGAUAAAACGGGAACUUUAACAGAAGAUGGAUUGGACCUCUGGGGAAUUCAGAGAGUUGAAAGUGGCCGUUUUCACCUUUCUGAAGAAAGUGCCCACAAGGAGAAUCUUGUCAAGUCCCAGUUUGUGGCCUGCAUGGCCACCUGCCACUCGCUUACCAAAAUAGAAGGCCAGCUGUCUGGAGAUCCGCUGGACCUCAAAAUGUUUGAGGCUACAGGCUGGAUCCUGGAGGAAGCCACUGAGGAGGAAACUGCUCUCCAUAACCGCAUCAUGCCCACCGUCGUCCGACCACCAAAGCAGCUGCUGCCUUCACAGCCUGAUGUAUCAGCCGACCAGGACAUGGAACUCGCUGAGCUUUCGUCAUUAUAUGAGAUAGGUAUUGUUCGGCAGUUCCCUUUUUCCUCGGCGCUUCAGAGGAUGAGUGUUGUGUCUCGUACUCUGGGGCAGAAGUGUAUGGAUGCCUACAUGAAGGGAGCACCAGAGGUGGUGGCCAGUCUCUGCAAGACAGAAACAGUGCCAGAAGACUUUUCCGAGGUUUUGGAGCGUUACACUAAGCAGGGAUUCAGAGUGAUCGCUGUGGCUCACCGACGCCUUGGAUCAAAACUCAACUGGCACAAAGUCCAAAACAUCAACAGGGAUAACAUAGAGGCAAACAUGGAGUUUCUGGGUCUCAUCAUCAUGCAGAACAAGCUGAAGGCUGAAACUCCAGGAGUGCUGCAAGACCUCCGUCGAGCAAACAUUCGCACUGUGAUGGUUACUGGCGACAACAUGUUGACGGCGAUCUCUGUUGCCCGUGACUGUGGAAUGAUUGCUCCCGGAGAUACAGUUAUCAUUGCUGAUGCCCUCCCACCUCAUGAUGGACAAGCUGCCAAAAUCACUUGGAGAUACGCCGACAAGCCCAGCAGAAAGACGCAACUCGAGGAAAUUAACAUAAGUCUGGAGGAUGAAGACCAUGUGGAAGAGCCUACAACACAAGAAAUGUACCACUUUGCCAUGAAUGGAAAAUCAUUCUCUAUAAUUGCCGAGCAUUUCCCAGACAUGCUUCAGAAGCUUGUGCUGCACGGGACCGUGUUUGCCAGAAUGGCGCCGGACCAGAAAACCCUGCUCAUUGAGACACUACAGGGAGUAGACUACUUUGUGGGAAUGUGUGGAGAUGGUGCAAAUGACUGUGGGGCGCUGAAGAGGGCGCAUGGCGGGAUCUCUCUGUCGGAGCUUGAAGCCUCAGUAGCUUCCCCCUUCACCUCCAGGACCCCCAACAUCUCCUGUGUCCCGAACCUUAUCAGGGAGGGACGCGCUGCUCUUAUCACCUCCUUCUGUGUGUUCAAGUUUAUGGCUCUCUACAGCAUUAUCCAGUACAUCAGCGUCAUUCUCCUCUAUUCAAUCUUUAGUAAUCUUGGAGAUUUCCAGUUCCUCUUCAUUGACAUUGCUAUCAUCCUCCUAAUUGUCUUCACCAUGAGUCUGAACCCAGCCUGGAAAGAACUGGUGUCACGUCGUCCCCCAUCAGGACUUAUCUCAGGACCUCUGCUGUUCUCUGUGCUGACCCAGAUCCUCAUCUGCUUGGGCUUCCAGACCAUUACGUUUCUUUGGGUCAAACGUCAGCCCUGGUACGAGGUUUGGACGCCUGAUACAGACGUCUGCAACCAAUUUGGUCACCUGAAUGUGUCCGACCUCAACAACACAGAAGUGGAUGAGCACAAUAUCCAAAACUUCGAGAACACCAGCCUCUUCUAUGUCUCCUCCUUCCAGUAUCUCAUAGUUGCCAUCGUUUUCUCCAAAGGCAAACCUUUCAGGCAGCCCAGCUACAAGAACUAUCCUUUUGUGCUGUCUGCUGUGAGCUUGUAUUUUUUCUUGUUGUUCAUCAUGUUUUAUCCCGUUGAAGGCAUUGAUCACUUUCUAGAGAUUGUUUGUGUCCCUUUUGAAUGGAGGAUAAGGCUUUUCCUGAUAAUUGUAGUCAAUGCUGCUGUGUCUGUUUUGGUGGAGACCUGCAUCCUUGACAUCAUCUUAUGGAAGCUUGCGUUCAGCAGAGACAAACAGGCCAACUAUGGCGUCACCCCUGCUGCCCCGACACCACAGGGGGCGACUGACCUGCAGGCAGACAAGUGUUUCUCCUGGCUGUGCCCACGCAGGAUGAUGGCCAAAGCUCGAUACAUGCAUCUUGCCCAGGAGUUAAGUGUGGACCCAGACUGGCCCCCAAAACCGACCACCACCACUGAAGCCAAGCCUUGCCCUGAAAACAGCUCUGCUUAUGAAAUCAUAAUCCCUUCCUAGCAUCUCCACGCUCCUCAACACUGCGGCAUCCCCUCCUCUCAUAUAGGACACUUGCCUAUGAGGAGUACCAAGGGAAACGCACAUUCACCUUAUCUCGAUUGCCUUCCCUCUUCAUGCAAAAACUACAUACUUUCACACAAAUCCCAAAACAGUUACCUUGAUAGCUUUCAAACUACUCCUGCUUUCUCCAUCACACUCCGUACCGAUGCUCUCAGGUUUCAUUUUUGGUUUGCAUUUCCGUAAAAACAUUAUUGCUGUUGAGCUUGAAUGCCAAUCUUUAUGUUUUGUCUGCUCACCAAAGCAGAGGUAGCAUUCAGCAAAGACUUGCAAUCAAAGUAAAAAUUGCACGUUUACCCUUUCUGGAGUAGGUUCAACUUCCUCUCAAUUUAUCUGAGGGUAAGCAUGUAGAAGAUGUGUGUUAAGUAGUGAAUAUAGUGUUAUAUCCAUAAGAUCGAAAGUCUUUCUAAAGUACAAACAAACAUUCAGUGAAGCUGUGGAGCAUAGGGUUGAAAACAUUUUACCCAAGGAGCACGACUUUCAGUUUUACUCUUUAAGUUAAAAUAGAGAUUAAAAAGGAAAGAGUUUGGAGGCGUUUCAGAGAAGAAAAGAAAGUGAAUGCACUUUAAAAAAAAAGAUUAGUUAAUGGAUGAAAAUAAUUAUAUAUUGACAUGAUUGUCCGUUCUGUUUGGAAGAUGUACUGAAGUAAUUUGAUUAUUAGAGGCUACGAUUACUACUGCCUAGCGGUCAUAAACAAAAAUUAGGUAAUUUUUGUUUGAAAUUUUUUUUUUUUUUACAGCAGUGCUUCUUGGUAUUAUGUCUUAUAUAGUUGAAAAGCCUGUUUGUUUCUUUAAAUAUUGCCAUGUUUUGUGGGUCGCGCAACAGUUGGGUAUGUGUGUUAUGCCCAUGAAGAUCUUCUCAAUCCUCUGUACCAAAUCCAGUGGGGUUGUGGCUAUGUGUGCAGUAGCGCAAGAAUACGUGGUUUAAUUAGAAAUAUGUCUUGUUUCUUUAAACUUAAAGAACCCAGUUUAAUAACUGAACCGACCAAGAGCAAGUUUUUCAUGGGUUUAACCCACAAAUGUAUUUUCCUACCAAUUUGGCGCCACUUAUGGGCAAAUAAACUUUCCAGCAGUAGAGGAAUUAUUGUUUAGAAGCAGCGAUACAACAAAGAAAUAAUUAACCAAACACACAUUUCCUUACUUUUCAUACUGCUUUUUGCAGUUGCAACUUCCACGCUGAGGAGUGUUGUUGCCAGAGCGCCACCUGUUGGCUCUUAAGUAUGGUGCGUUUACUUAUUGGAAAAAGAUCAGAUUUUUGAGUUUCAGAUGAGACCGACGGGGUCAGUUGAGCCUAAAACCGUCUUAUUAUGGUCACCUGCCAACUUCUUGGUGCAUCUGCUCAAUAUAUGUAUAUUUAUAAAUACAUACUUACUAAUGAAUUCAUGCAUUUUCUUAGGGACAUGGCGAGUCCUCAAUGAAAUGAGGUAAACAAAAAGUAUUACGAUAAGGAUGAUUUGUUUGUGUGAAAUUACUCCUAGACCAGCAUGUAGGCAGCUGUUGGGAGUAAAUGUAGAACUAAUCAUUUUCCUGUCUUUUAAAGGCAAAGGGGGAGAAAUACUUUCUUAGCCAACAAAGAUAAUUUAUGCAUUGUAUACUUGCUCUCUUAUGCCUCUCAAAGUUCCUUUAAAUCCCCAGAAAAGCAGAAAAUAGCUUUUUGAUUUGGUUUAAGCAAAAGACAUUUUCCCCGAACUGAGCAACUUUAUCUUUAACAGCUGCAAUAUAAUAACAGGAUUGACUUCAGGUGGUAUUUGUCUUCUAUUUCUCUAAUAACGUUAACAUAUGGAGCUGUUUCAGUAACAGUUUGGGAUGUUUUGGCUCGGUCUUGUGGCAUGAUGCCCGCUGUAAUUAGUAAAGUUUAGUUGCAGGGUUUUUGAGUAAAGAAAAAAUUAGAGGAACAGAGAGAUAAUUGUCAUCUAUUCUUUGACCAUAUCAGCCUUGAUUUGUCAAUCUAAAAUAUUAAAUAAUUUAUUAAAAAAAACAUCAAAUCUGGCACAAACAGUUAUAGCUUCCCAGCAUUUUUCUGUAGCUUUGUGAUGCAUCUUUAAGCAAAAAGCUGAAUCCUUAACUUUGACAGUCCUGACAUUAAUCUUCUUGUCAGUUUGUUUAAAUAUUAUUUAAAAAAAUGCUGACUUUGUGUGCUUUAAAUUCUGACAGAACAACAGUUUACCCUUUAACUAAACCUUAUACAAGGUAUGCUUGGUUCAACAUUUCACCAUCAGAAAAACUCCUUUCUAUGUAUGUAAAGAGCUUUAUGUAGACUGAAGUGGGGCCGUUUUGGGUGUAAAACAAUGAAAGCCAGCAGCAUACAGAGACUUGCAUGAAGCCAGCUGUCUGGGGGUCACCUGAUGGUUGCGAAGCGAGACAUUUUAACCUCAAGCAUGUGGCAUUACUGUAGAGGUUAAGAAACAUUUACCAUCUUACAUUGUAUAUCAGAGAAAUUAAUAAUAAUAAAACAGUUCCAGAAACGGCAUGUAUCUGGUUGGUUACUGUAAACCGUUUAGGAAAUGCAUGAGACUAAAAAGCUUCCUGCAUCUUCAGAUGUUUUCAUGAAAUCAGAAGCACGGCUUUUUUUUUUUUUUUUUUUUUUAAGCAAAAUUUCUUCCCGUGGAAGAUUGAUUACAGUUAAAACUAGUUAAUAAGGUAAAGAAACGUGCAUUUAAUCUGUCUGCUGCUCCUGGCUCCCCAACCCCACCCCAACAAAUAUUGAAUGAUGGAUCCUGAUGAAACGGUUGCAUUCAUGUCCUUCACAUAUCCUACCUGCGUAGAGUUAAGGGCUAUAUUUUGGGUUCAGCGCUCUUUAUUCAAGGGGUAAAAUAAGAAUAAAGCAGUAGAGGAGCUUAAAUGCGACCGUCUUUUUUGUGAUUGGAUUAUGUAUUCCAAUUUUACUGGGAAAAUGUUAGUUUAAAAUAACAUUAAGAAGCACGUGACUCUUACCCAGGACCUUGUUCUUUAAUUUAUAUAUAGAUUAUAUCAAGAGUCCCCAUGAUUUUGAAAAUUCCUUAUCUUUCUAAGACUGAAUGUAGUUGAAAACUAAAUGUAAUGCAAUAAAAAACCACAAUUACAGAUUUUUAUUUUCCAAAGACAUUUAUUCAUGUUUGUUCUGGUUGGUUAAAAUAAAAAAAAUGGGUGAAUGAGAGAGAAGAAAGUUGGAUUUUUGGACAGCGGUCAGAUGUGUCAAAUGAGAUUUGAUGGAGCACAUCAAGUGGACAUUAGGGGGUUAAAAAUUAUAUCUGAGGUGGAGCUUUGUCUGUAUUAAUGGGGUGUACAUUUCUCAUGUCUGUAGAAGCGGUUAAACAUGUAAUUAUAAAUAUGUGGGUUCUGAAUUCUAAAAGGGCUGGUGUAUUUUAUUUUUUUUCCUACUGUUUGGUACUGUCACAAUCAGUUGUUAAUCUUUAUUUUUUUUUAUUGUUUCUGGACUGUUUUGUCUUUUCUCCCAUGUGACAUACUUGUACUGUCUUGGUUCUCUAAUUGGGCAUCAAUCCUGGGCAUUUACUGCAGUCUGGUGAGAACACUUGGAUGAAAAGUUGCAGCCUAUGUCUGUUUUUAGGUUUAGAUUAAAAUAAUCAAACAUGAAUAAUUUGCUCUUGCAGGCACCAAACAUCUGAACUGCUUCUCAGCUGUUUUCCUUUUGUCUUUAUCUCAAGGUUUUCUAAUUAUUAAACAAAAUCUGACAAGAAGGGAAUUGAACACAACCCGAAUCACAUUUAUAGUUUCUGUCUGAUCCUCCGAGGUGUGUGUUAACAUUUUAUCUGACCUGUUUAGAAAAACAAAUCAUUUGGCAUCCAUGUAAACUGUGUCUGGCAAACAGAAUGUGCCGUGCUGUUUAUCAUAAUCUUACUAUAGAAACGACAUACUUCUCCUAGGAGCAAAAUGAUUCACCUGGUUGUGACAUAUCUGCAUUUUUUUAUUCAGAAAAAAUAAGUGUAAAUGCUACUGUUUUCUGCUACUCUGUAGUUUUUCCUUUUCAACAAACGAACGUUCAACAAGAACAUCUGAGUACCGGAGGUCCGUCAGGACUGGGCUCAUAUAUUCUCAUGGCAUUCACAUUGAGUCCAGCUUUGGAAUAAUGAUUUGUAUGUAAAAAAAAAAAAAUAUAUAUAUAUAUAUAGAUAUAAACAAAUUGGGCUUAAUGCUUAACCCAGAAAAAU